AUGAGGCCGCCUCCUCUCUUCAUUUACCUCUUUCUCGUGUUUCCAAUCUCAAUCUUGGCUCUGCUGACGUCGUCCUCAUCGGCAGCAAACACGUCUUCGGAAUCGAAGAAUCGUGGAGCUCACAACUUGACAAGCUGGCAUAUGACACACCUUUUGGAAAAAACUCCAGUUUUCCGUAAGUCUGAAGAUGUAGUACCCAUCUAACGAAGCUUUUUUUCAGUCCGCGACUCGGUCUCCACUGACUGCGUCACCUUCGACCUGCCGAAAGGAUCUCGAGGAUUCUACCCGAUUAAAAUCAACUUCACCGAUCCGUCCUCUCAGAGCAUGUCCAUCAACUCAUCGGGACCGGUCAAUAUUUUUAUGGUCAAAUGCGGACACCACCUUCCUCUCGGUAUCAUCAGAAAAGGGCACAUUUGGUACGAUCGGGAACGAAUGAACGCACUUUCAACUCGUUCAUGCGGCCGGAAAUGGAAGAGCAACUUUGUGAAACUGCUGAUCAUCUCGGAUGUGCGGAGAUCCGUUGGUUGGAUGAAGCUGCACAACAGGCAGGAACCCUUGGAUGGACGGGAGAGUACAAUCGCUUUGUGCUUGCUGGUCACUGGAGUGCUCAUUGGGAUCGUAUUGCUUGUCUUCACAACGUGCUGUGAGUUUUCUAGUUAAAUUGCAGCUUUUUUGAGCAAAUUUUACAGGGCGCAAGAAGAGAGACGCCGCAAGUGACGGCAACCUCAUCGAAUGGCCAAUGUCCCGCAGCUUCCAGUCCGAGUGGUCUAUUCGUCACGUUCAGCAACAACUGAACCGCCUGAUCCACAACUCUGAUUCCGUUUACGAGCACGAGAAGGAGAAGGAGAAGGAGGAGAAGUUCUUCGUUCAGAGCCAAACGACAGUAUUCGGAUGCUCGCAGAUGACUCAACUGGACGAAGAAGACGAGAUCGACGACGAGUCAAACCCGAUCUAUGAUAAUAUAUCCAACUACCGAUAUGCUUGA